AGUUCGGAUAGAGGCACUGUCCCAUUUAUUAUGAUAAACACUACUUGCAAUACACAACCACCUGAUGUCAGAAUGGGGGCCCUGGCAUGGAAACACUGUGUUGGAUGUGGAUGCAGGAUUUCUGACCGGUUCCUACUGUUUGCUUUGGAUGGAUACUGGCACUUCAACUGUCUCAAGUGUUCGUGCUGCCAAGCUCAGCUGGCAGAAAUUGGCUCAUCUUGUUUUACUAAGCGUGGCUUGAUCCUCUGCAAAAGUGACUAUAUAAGAUUAUUUGGUAACGGUGGAGCCUGUAGAUCUUGCAGUAAAUGCAUCCCAGCAAGUGAAAUGGUUAUGCGAGCACAAGGCAAUGCAUUUCAUGUCAAGUGUUUUGUUUGCUCCAUCUGCCAUAACCAGUUAGUACCUGGUGACCGUUUUCACUAUGUGAAUGGAAAACUAUUCUGUGAGCGAGACACUCCAGCAGCUCGUGAAUCCAGAAACGACCACUUGGAUGGAUUAGGCAAGCACAACAUAUCGGAACCGCUUUGAGAUGAGCUUAAUGAGCAUCAAGAGAUGUUCAUUGAGCACCUAGUUUCAAAUUCAGGACUUCUUAUAACCCAGUAGUUGCUUUGGCAACUGCAUACAAUUUUGUGCAGGUUUAAUAUUGUGGAAAUGAACAUAUGUGGUAAUAUCUGCCAGUUUAAAUGAGGUUAACCAUUGGAGCUGAAAAGCAAUCAGCGGGCAUCCUUGCGUAUCAUAAUCAAUUAUGAAUUGGUUUGCACAGAAUGACCUUCUUAUGUAUAUUGUGGACCUGCAAUCAUUUAGUUGCAUUGUCUGUUUGUCUAUUGAAGUUGUGCUUGAAUGUACUGAACGUCAGUACCGCAGCAAAUGUGCUUGUUCAUGGGAAAUAAAUAUGCCCAUGGCUGUUCUUAUAUUGUUAUAAGGAAAUGGCUUUUUUUUCAGGUCUACAAUUACAGUAUCACUACACUUACUGUCCACGUGUCCGUAUAGAUGCAACCAAGAAAUCCAACUAUCUUCCUUUGCGAAUCAAUCUCUGUGUAUGUAUUUGAAUAAAAAGCUUUUGGGAGAGGGAUGUUUGUUUAAUAACUAUAACAUUUUAAACUGCUGAAAGUCUUUACAGUGUUUUUUAUUGCAAGUAAUAUUUGCUUUAUGCACAAUGAUUAAAAACUUUUAUACAAAA